UCCUUGCAUCAAGGACUUGAUCCCUCCUGGGCUGGGAUCGGCCGCUCGCGAAACGGUGCACGAUGAGCACUGUAACCAAGAGCAUGAUGGAGGUGCUGAAGGCCAUGAAGGGCGUCAGCGGUUUUGACCGAGUUUUGGACAAGGUGACGCUUGUCUCUGCUGCUCCUGGGAAGGUGGUCUGUGAAAUGAAAAUAGAAGAGGAGCACACUAACAGAAUGGGCACCCUCCACGGUGGUUUGACUGCCACGCUGGUGGACAGCAUAUCCACUAUGGCCCUGCUGUGCACAGAAGUGGGGAUACCUGGAGUGAGCACUGAUAUGAACAUAACGUACAUGUCUCCUGCUAAGCUUGGAGAUGAUAUUGUGAUUACAGCAUAUAUUCUAAAGCAAGGGAAAACACUUGCAUUCGCCUCUGUGGAUCUGACCAACAAGGCCAAUGGGAAAAUGAUAGCACAAGGAAGACACACAAAACACGUGGGCACCAGACAAGCGCUUUGAAGCUCCCUGGUGGCCUAGAGACCCAUGAUGGAUGCCUUCGACUCAACAGAUGUUUUU